AACCAUAUGAACAUUUAAACAUUAAGAGCUGCGCACCACUAUUUUGUUUGUAAAACACACUCAUAGAAGGUGGUGUAUCAUGGCAAAGAGCACAAGGCAAUUGGACGGAUUGACCAUAGUCUUAUUUGGGUCACUUGGAAGUGGUAAAAGCUCUACCGGGAACAGUAUUCUAGGAUCCAAGCCGUUCAAAAUUGCAAUUGGGACAAUACCCAUUACAACAAAAAUUGAAACGGAGAUCGCAUAUCGCGAUAAGUUGGCAAUUCGUGUGAUAGAUACACCCGGGUUUCAGAAGUCGUCUGACUUUUUAAAAUUAAAAGAUGACGUUAAGCGAAUCCUUAGAGACAAUCAGACAGCGAACGUCACAUAUGCUUUGGUUAUUCAAGUAGGUAGAUAUACAACAGAGGAGCGACAAGUAAUCGAAGAAAUAUUCAAGAAAAAUAAAGGGUUCCUGAAGAAUUCCAUUAUUAUUUUCACGAACAGAGAAGAACUUAACGAAGAAGAAAAUCCUUAUGAUCAAACAAUCGAUGGUUGGCUUCAAAAGAAUCCAAGUUUGUUGGCACUUAUUAAGACAUAUAAACUUAAAUACAGAGCAUUUCAAAAUAAAAGACUGCUGGAAGCAGAGAAUGACGUACAAGUCAGCGAUCUGAUUUCUGCUAUUUGCGAAGAAGACCAACCAAUGUCCUAUUGCCCUGUAAGUGACAGUAAGAAAAAGAAACAGAAUUUAAUAUAUGUGUCAAGAGAACAAAUGGGGGAAAAGUUUGGGAUGUAUGGCAAUGAAUUCUUUGAUGACCAGUUCACAAUACAAAAGAAUGUUGAUGACUACGAAAUGCUGUGAGUGGUGUAGUUUAAUGUAGCAAACAUGAUGAUGGACUGCUUCAGAAAAAAAUAUAAAGUAUAUUUAUGCAUAUCAAUUUAGCUAUGAUUAUUCAAAGUUAUUAUUGUCAAUUUUGA